ACAGAAUCGAAAAUCUUGUCAUGAACAGGUCGAAAAUAACUUAUAAUUACAUUUCAUCAGGGUCAUGAUGAAAUAUUUGUUCCCAAAUUCCUUCAUGAGUCGAUAAACUUGAUAUAGGAUGUAAUGUGUAUAUAUUUUCCCAUGGUUUACUUGAAUCGCGGUGAAUGGAACAAUUUUGCCACGGAGUGAUAUUUUAACCCAGAAAAGGAGUGGGGACAUCUGAAUGAAAGAGGAGAGGAUUUAAGAUCUUUUACUUUAGCCCAAGACACCUGGUUCUCUUUAAUAAGUUUUAAUGAGAUCAGUGUUUCUGAGGGCUUGGGGUUUUCAACCGGCUUUUAAUUAAAAGUCGCUUCUAAUGAAAUUUUCCUCGGCGGUGAUGCGACCUUUAACCGACUAUCGUAGUCAUGAGGAGAGUUCUUCACGUUCGGCGAUUCAAAGAUUACAUUGGAACUCAACCAGUCCAGCACAUCACCCUUUGCGUUCUGUAAAGAAGACUUGGCUCGACAGUUUCUCGCAACAACUGCAUGUGAAGCUAAAGAACUUUGAUAUAUACUUUUGACGCCGGGCACGAAUCAUGAGCGCCUCCACAGCAGUUAGGAAAAGAUCUGUGACGCUCAAUUCCGUGGAGCCAUUCUUAAGGAAGCAGAAGCGGGAACGUCUUCGUACAACGAGCAUCAAUUCCAUCGCAUCUGGAAUUGCAAGCUGUGUCGAACGACAGCGGUCGUCAACGUGGCACGGCGCGGAAGACGAAUCGAGUGGGCUUAGCUUCAGCUGCUCACCGAAGUUCACCCUUCCGCUGAACACAGCUCACGACAUCGCAGAUUUAAAAGAUUUCCAGGACGAUCUGGAAUCACAAGAAGUCAUCAAACACAUUAUAACAGAAGAGCUGGACAGUUCUCUGAUGGACUGUGACUAUGACAGUCAAAGAUGCGUCGCGCAAUGUGCGGCUAUUAGCCAAGCGGUGGAGUCGCGCGUCAAGGAAAUAACUCCACCGGAGACUAAGGUGGUAUCUGUCGUCUACAUCGGCGAAAUACGCGAUCAAGGCCUGGAGAUUACAAGCCAGUGUUUAUGGGAUCCCGAAUCGGACAACUUUGUAACUGCGAGUUUCAGGAGCAAGGCAUUGUUUGCAGUUUGCACUGUUUUUACAGUUCGGUACUGAGUACAAAACGACUUGUUUCGCUUCUUAGUUAAGCUCUCGAUAUGGGACAGCUUUGAUUCUUUCAGUUUAAACUGUUUCUAGAGUUAAUUUUCUCCACGAAGGUCAACAAGUCAAUCUUUCGUCUGGUCAAUAAUAGAUCUCUUUUUCAAUCAGUCUUCGAGGGUUUUGCAAGUAUUGACUGUGACCUCCUUGAAUGGGAGAGCAGCUAGGUUAUAUAUUAUUUGUUAGCUUUUCGGAGAAUGAAUUUGGUUACCUUAGCUUUCGCUGCUUGCAUAAUCAUAACUUGACGAGCGUUUUAAACUGAAAAGUAAUGGCUAGUUUAAGUAUUUAUAGCCAGAUAUUAUAGUCUUUAUGGUCAGUAUUCCGGCUAUCACUGUCAAAAUGCUUAUCGCCUGCCUUGGCGUGUAAUACAGUCAGUUUGUACAGAUAUUCAUUUCCACUUGAAGUUGUUUUGUUUAGCGUGAUUUUGAAACUGAGAUUAAGUUGCGAAAUAUAUAAACUACCAUUAUUAAAGGCAAAUGUGUCUGCCUUGAGACCGGCCUGCCUCCGUCAGUUCAUAGACUGUUAGUUGUGAUUGCAUCCUCUCUGAAAAGCUAAACAGAAACAGAUCUUAAACACCAAUUUUGUUACUGUUAUAGAUGAGCACCAUAAAAACCAAUUAAACUCAAUCAAGCCGCGACACAGAGAGAAGAAAUUAGACAAAUGUAAACAAACUCUACACAGGCCAAAUAUGGUGGAUUGAUCUACAUGAAUCUCCAUUCGUUGGAGCGCAAUAGUGUGGGUGCAUUUCUUUGUGAAGUCCAAUGAAAGUUUCAUUUGUUUGCACGAAAAAAUCCAUGAAGCUUAGUCUAAAAGCCCACGGAAUUAUUUCAGGGGAUUAGCUUCUUUCCUGUUAUAACUGUUUAUUAGUCCUGCCCUGGCAAACUGAAUAUCAUAAUUCAUUUACGCUGGUAGACCCUCAUUUUAAAGGAAUUUGCGCAUCUUGAAAAGUUUAGCCUACAUUUUUCAAUUCUUCGUUUGUAAUCUGAGUU